GAAGGUUAGCUAGGGAAGAUCUCUCUACUUCUAUGAGACGUAGAUGGAGUAUCUUAACGAUCAAGAAACGGUGACGUCCUCAUGCGACUCUUCCUACGUCAAGUCUGCUUCACCCGGACGCUCCAUCCUUCUUCUUCUUCCUUUCGACAUUCCUCCUCUCGAUCCAUCUUCUCACCUGUCAAUGAGACCGGUACGACAAAACCUUUCUUCGUUACAACACCUAUAUUCUAUGUCAAUGCAUCCCCUCACAUAGGUCACCUUCACUCAAUAGUCUUAUCCGACGUUCUGGCCAGAUACGCAAAACUUCGUCAUCCUUCCCGACCGGUCAUUCUGACUACGGGCACUGACGAACAUGGUCUCAAGAUACAACAAGCGGCCAAGGGGAAGGUUAUGGGGGAGAAGGAAUUUUGUGAUGAUGUUUCGAUGAGGUUCAGGGAUUUAGCAAGAAAAGCGAAUAUCGACAACGAUGAUUUCAUACGGACUACAGAACCGAGACAUAUUUCUGCGGUACAGCAUUUCUGGUCCAGACUCGUAGCAUCUGGAGAUAUUUACAAAUCCACCCAUUCAGGUUGGUAUUCCAUCUCAGACGAGACAUUCUUCUCCGCUUCCCAAGUGGAGAAAAGAGACGGUAAGAUGGUUGCUUUGGAAACUGGUAAUGAGGUGAUAUGGGAGGAAGAGGAGAAUUAUAAGUUUUGUCUUAGUAGAUAUGUCCCGCAAUUGAGAAAAUGGCUCGAACGACCAGGGGUCGUAUAUCCGGAAAAUCAACGACUGAACUUAUUGAAUCAACUUGACACUUUGGAAGACCUCUCCGUCUCCCGACCAGCAAGUAGAGUCCGGUGGGGUGUGCCUGUACCGGGUGAUGAAACCCAAACCAUCUACGUUUGGGUGGACGCUUUGGUGAAUUAUCUCACAGUCUUGGGUUAUCCCGAGAAAACCCAUGGUUGGCCGGUGGAUGUUCAUGUGGUGGGGAAGGAUAUAGUGAAAUUUCACGCCCUUCAUUGGCCCGCUCUCCUCAUAUCCGCCUCCCUUCCUCCCCCAAACCACGUACUGGCCCACGCACACUGGACGAUGAACCAUACGAAAAUGUCCAAAUCUCUCGGAAACGUUGUCGAUCCUUUCUCCGCAUUAGACCAUUUCACACCGGACGGACUGAGGUGGUAUCUUCUACGAGUGGGUGGAAGUUUAUCUUCCGACGCUGACUUUUCUCUCGAAGGUGUGGAAGUACAAUAUAAACUUUUAGCUGAUCAAAUGGGGAAUUUGUUAUCGCGUAUGUGCUCGGAUAAGAUAUUGGGUAAGGUUGAGGAGUUUAUUUGGGAAAGAGAUAAUGAGAUGGAUAAAUUAUUAUCGGAUAUGAAAAUAAGGUGGGAGGAAAGGAUGGAAGUUUAUGGUGUGAGUAAAGCUUGUGAAGGGAUUAUGGAAGUUGUCGCUAGUGCAAACCGUCUAUUCACUUCGUUAUCACCUUGGUCAACAUCUCCAGCAAAAGCAACAAGAGCAAUAAUGUACUCAUAUAAUUCUCUUCGUCUAUCAGCUAUAUUAUUACAACCUAUCAUUCCUGAUAAAUCUUCAGAACUCUUAGAUCGAUUAGGGAUACUUAUGGAAGAAAGAAAGUGGGAAGAUGCGAGUUGGUCCGAGGGGAUUGAGAGUGGGAUGAAUCGGCCAAGAAUGGUAUUGCGUAGAUUAAAAGAGGGUAGUUUGAUUUGGAGGGAUAAGAAAUAUUUAUGGCCUCCUCUUGAAGGGAAAUAA